AUGGACACUCUUGAUCGGCUGAGGAAGCAGCUGCCCGACACUCCCCCCGUGUCGCCGCCGGUGGGCUUCGCGGGCCAGAAUGGCUUCAGCACUCCCCUCUUCCCCAGCAAGCCCAACAUCCUCUACAUCAUGGCCGACCAGCUCGCCGCGCCCCAGCUCAAAAUCUACAACAAGGACUCCCAGAUCAAGACGCCCCACCUCGACAAGCUGGCCGAGCAGUCCGUCGUCUUCGACUCCGCCUACUGCAACUCCCCGCUGUGCGCCCCCAGCCGCAUGACCAUGAUCUCUGGCCAACUCCCCGCCAAGAUCGGCGCGUACGACAACGCGUCCCCCAUUUCCGAGCAGACCCCCACCUACGCACACUACCUCCGCAACGAGGGCUACGAGUGCGUACUCGGUGGCAAGAUGCACUUCAUCGGCGACCAGCUCCACGGCUACGAGUCUCGCCUGACCGCCGACAUCUACCCCGGCGACCUGGGCUGGUCCGUCAACUGGGACGAGCCCGAGACGCGUCUGGAGUGGUACCACAACAGCUCCUCCAUCCUCCAAGCCGGCCCCUGUGUGCGCAGCAACCAGCUCGACUACGACGAGGAAGUCAUGUACAAGGCCAAGCAAUACCUCUACGAUUACGUGCGCAAGCCCGCGGGUGCCCGACCCUUCUGUCUGACCGUCUCGCUCACCCACCCCCACGACCCCUACACCAUCGAGCACAAGUACUGGGACAUGUACGAGGGUGUCGACAUCGACAUGCCGAAAGUGCAGAUCCCCAAGGACCAGUUGGACCCCCACAGCAAGCGUCUCCAGCACGUCGUCGAUCUCGAGGACUACGACUUCACCGACGAGCAAAUCAAGCGGGCCAAGCGCGCAUACUACGGCGCCGUCAGCUACGUCGACGACAACAUCGGCCAGCUCCUCGACACCCUGAAGCGCUGCGGCCUGGCCGACAACACCAUCGUCAUCUUCUCGGGCGACCACGGCGACAUGCUCGGCGAGCGUGGCCUGUGGUACAAGAUGUCCUACUACGAGUCGUCGGUGCGCGUGCCCAUGCUCUUCAGCUACCCCAAGCAGUGGAAGGCGCGCCACGUCAAGGAGAGCGUGAGCACUUGCGACAUCCUGCCCACCCUCGUCGACAUCGUCGGCAGCAGCCUGAUCCCGGGCUUCCCCAUGGACGGUGUCUCCAUCAUGCCGCACUUGCUCGGUUUCAAGGGCCACGACAACGUCUUCGCCGAGUACAUGGGCGAGGGCACGGUGGCGCCCAUGAUGAUGAUCCGCCGCGGACCCUGGAAAUACAUCACCUGCCCCGCCGACCCCGAUCUUCUCUACAACCUCGAGCAAGACCCCGACGAACUCGUCGACCUGACGAAGAGCGACGAUCCCGAAAUGAAGAAGGUGCACGAAGCCUUCGUCGCCGAAGCCACGGCCAAAUGGGACAUGAAGGCCAUUACCGAGGAUGUGGUGCUACGCCAGCGCCAGCGCCGCUUCUGCUUCUCCGCCCUCAAGAAGGGCCAGUGGACCAGCUGGGACUACCAAGUCGACGACGACUCGCGCAACAAGUACAUCCGCAGCCACAUGGACCUCGACGACCUGGAGCGCCGCGCGCGCUACCCCAUCGUCGACACGCAUGGCAACGUCAAAGUCAUGGGUGCCAUGGGCAAGGAUGGCAUUCUUUCCAUGCCCAUGCAGGCUGGAGCCUUUGGGCAAUAG